UCGGGAUAUUACAAACUUGGUGACAAAUUCUGGAAUGUCUCCAAUCUAAAAGGAACGUAAAACAUUUGUCACUUUUAUAUAUUUUGUUUUAUUAUUAUUUGCAUUGCUUUAAACUUAUUUAUGUUCCUCAAGAAUUAGUUCUCAGUUAGGCAACUUUUUGUACUAAUACGUUGGAUUAUCAGACAGUGCAUUUAAAUCUAUGGUUUUGAGAAGUCCUUAACUAUUUGCCAGGAUCAACCGACUACUGGACAAAAAGUUAUGCAAUUAUUUAUGAAAUUGCAACUGUCAUCUUAUUGCACAAAGCCUAUCUGGACGUAUUAGGGAAACAUUUACAAAUAAAUGCAUGGAGGUGUUGUUAGCCUGCAAACUCACUCUAUAACUACGAAUGCAAUUGAGCAGAAACUUCAGGUUGUUCUCGUUUUCUAUGUGUGAACGGUGUGCAGUCUUCAGUGGGACUGUCACGACCAGUUAGAUUGGCUCCUGUCACAUUUGGGAUCCUGCCCUCUCAGCAACAAGAGGCUCCGUGAAAGCGCACUGCGCAUGACAGCAUGCUGGACAGCUCCAGAGUGGGAAAUUUAAAAACAGUUUUGGGGGAAACAAGUGCAAGUCAGUCAUUAUACUGUACACGGGAACAGCAACCACUAAUCUUUUCUUCGCGUUAUUCAAACCAGAUAAAUCAAACAACACAGGACAUGAUAGAAAGUGGAAUUACAAAUAGGAUGGCAGGAGUUAUAGAAAAUUCUGGUCACCAUCCUUCUCCCCAGGACUACAGACUCCUGACCACAGACCCCUCUCAGCUGCGGGAGGAGAACCUCCCUGGGGACCUGCAGUCUCUCUCCUGGCUCACCUCCGUGGACGUUCCCCGGCUGCAGCAGAUGGUGGACGGCAGGGGGGGAGGAGGAGCCGGAGGAGGCCACCCCAACGGGCCCUCCAGCAUGCUGGAGCAGCAGACAGCUCAGCUCACCAGCAUGACCAUGCCCGGCAGCCAGGGAGCCCUCAUCCACCUGCACAGCAACAUGCAGCACAGCCCUCUGGGAAUCAAUGUUGGCAGCGUCCACAGCGGAAGCAUGUCUCCAUACUCUAUGAAUGGACAGGCUUCUCCUGGGUUCCAGGGCCCCACCUCUGUCUACCAGCCCACUCCACAGCAAGUCUUCUCCCUCUCGCAGGCUGGCCAGCAGUGCUCACCUGCUGGGCUUUAUAGCAACGUCUCCUUCAACAACCAAAGCCUGUUCACCCAGCCCCGUCUGGCUGCCCAGAACCAGGACCUGCAGCCCAAGUCCUUCCCCAAGCCCAUCUACUCCUACAGCUGUUUGAUUGCCAUGGCUCUGAAGAACAGCAAGACCGGCAGUCUUCCUGUCAGUGAGAUCUACAGCUUUAUGAAGGAGCAUUUCCCCUACUUUAAGACCGCCCCGGACGGGUGGAAGAACUCCGUCAGGCACAACCUGUCCUUGAACAAAUGCUUUGAGAAGGUGGAGAACAAGAUGAGCGGCUCCUCCCGCAAGGGCUGCCUGUGGGCGCUGAACCCCGCCAAGAUCGACAAGAUGGAGGAGGAGAUGCAGAAGUGGAAACGCAAGGACCUGCCGGCCAUCCGGCGCAGCAUGGCCAACCCAGAUGAGCUGGACAGGCUGAUCACAGACCGUCCGGAGAGCUGCAGGAGGAAGAACCUGGACCCCGGGAUGACCCGCCUGCCCACCUGCCCCUCCGCCCUCCCCACCCACGCCCCUCCCCAGCCCGUAGUCACCCUCUCUCUGCAGUGUCUGCCCAUGCACCAGCACCAGCAGCUCCAGGCCCACCUCCAGGCCCAGGCCCGGCUGGCCCCCAUGUCCCCCAUGUCCCCCUCCCCGGCCCAGACGCCCCCCCUCCACGCCGUCCCCGACCUCUCCCACAGCCCCCUCGCCCAGCACCACGGCAACAAACAGGCGCACGACUUCUACAGUCUCCACGGCGACAACACGGAGGUGGACGCGCUGGACCCCAGCAUCAUGGACUUUGCUCUACAAGGUAACCUGUGGGAGGAUAUGAAGGACGACAGCUUUAACCUGGAGGCCCUGGGCACCUUCAGUAACUCACCCCUGCGUCUGUCUGACUGUGACUUGGGGACGGCCGGCCUCCCUCCAGGCUCCAGCGGGGGCGCUCUGCCCCUCUCAGACCUGCAGGUGACAGGCCUCUACGCCUCCUACUCCUCCCUGGAGUCCCUCUCCUCCCAGUACAUGGGCACGCCAGGCAACAGCAAGCCCAUCGCCCUGCUUUAAACCCCAC